UUGACAAUCUGACAACUUAAAAAUUUAAAAUCUGACAAAGUAUAAAUAAACAUGGCUACUUCAAGUUCUCGAGGAGUUUCCAGAGUUUUGGAAAAACUAGAUAAAUCCCUUAAAAAUGGAGAUUACUACGAAGCUCAUCAAAUGUACCGUACUGUAUGUUUUAGGUAUUUAGGCCAAGAAAGGUAUAAGGAAUUAAAAGAUAUGCUUUAUCAAGGCUCAGUUUUAUUCCUAGACUCGGAUCAAAAAACUUCAGGAACUGAUCUUGGUUUAUUACUGAUAGAUGUCCUCAAUAAAUCAAAGGAGCAAGAUUGCAUUUUGUGGUCACCAAAAUUAUCGAUAAUAUUUUCAAAAAUUGGAACUGAUAAUGAUACAGAAAGAGAUGCAUUUUUAGCUCAGGCAGUAAAAUGGUCAGCACAAGGUACUUCACAUGGUCAUCCUUUACUGCACCAGCACAUAGCAAAGAUUUAUUGGGAUGAACAGAACUAUGUCCAGGCCAGACACCAUUAUAUCCAUUCGCAAGACGGGAAAGGUUGUGCAGAACUGUUAAUUGAGUUUCAUUUGACCAAAGGCUACAAAUAUGAAACUGACCUGUUUAUAGCGCAGACUGUGUUGCAGUUACUGUGUUUAAGAAAUCGAAUAACUGCUAAUCAAACGUUUACAACUUAUACAGAGAACCAUCCGAGAAUAAAGAAGACUGGUCCACCUUUUCUAUUACCUUUAUUGAACUUUAUCUGGUUUUUGUUACAGGCCAUAGAAAGUAAGAAAAUACAAACCUUUGCCGUUCUAUGUGAGCAAUAUCGGAAUUCGAUCAAAAGGGAUCCUUGUUACGUUAAGUAUCUGGAUAAGAUAGCGCAAAUAUUUUUUGGUCUUAAGCCUCAAGAAGAAAAGAAACCUGGUGGAAUUUUUGGAAAUUUAAUAGAAAGUUUUCUGGGAGGUUUAGAAGAUGACAGUGAUGAUGAAAAUAGUUCGGCAGCUCAAGCAUCAACGUCACGGAAAUUAAUCGAAAACACAGAAUUGGAUUAAUAGUAGGUUUUUUAAUAAAUUAUAUUUCUAGUAUACGCCAUGGUACAGUGUAAACUUAAAAACUCAAGAUGUAAAUAUUAGUACAGACUUGAAUAGAAAAAGAAAGAAAUUGGUAACAAUCCUUUAAAAAUGUAGUUUUUUCAAAAGUCAAAGUAGUUAGUCAUUGGCAAUAUUGAUUCGUACUGUAAUUUGUAUAUUAUAUUUUUUUGUGAUAGAAAGUAAGACUAGAAAAUGCAAACACACGUUAAGGCCUAUAUUUUGUCACAUAGGGUUGUUUAGUUGUCAUGUUACAUUUACAAGGAAAAUAAGAAUUUAAUUUAUUAGCAAACAUAAUUUAAAAAAAAAUUUAAUGAAAUAAGUUACUAAAAAUUUUUCAGCAUAUUUGUCUACCAUGUGACCAAAAUGUUAUGGUCAAAUAUACGGCAUUUUACCUUUAAGAUUUUUUUUAUUGUAUAUGGGCAUUUUGUAACCCGAAAAAACAUCUAGAAAUGGUCAUACUUUCAAAAUACAGCCAGGAUAUUAUGACAUUAUGGUUUGGUUUGGUUUAUUAUUAUCCUACAGGAAUAUGUAUAGUCUUUCGUCUCUUAUUCCUCCGUAGGUUAAUGUUCAGGAUAGAUAGGACUAAAACUAUAUGUAAACCGACUAUUUUUAUACAACACAAUCCUGGGUUCUAAUAUUUUGAAUAUAAUACACUGAUGUUAUAGUCUGUCCAACGAGUCGGGGAACAUUUCGACAGACGACAUCCAAAAACAUGAGAGAAAAUACAACUUACCUGUGAAUUCAAAUGACAGGCAACUGUCAUUGUCAGGCAUCCCCUCGUUAAAUAGACAAUAGUUUAAAGCAGGCUUAAAUAAAUAUUUAAGCUUUAUAAUAUAAAGCAUAUACCGUAGGUAUGCUCGAAAAAGAAACGGCGUCCAGUGGGCUCGGAAAUGACGAUCGAUGACAGCGAUCUUCAGUUCAUGGCAAACGCUGACGCCUUUUUUUAUCUCAUCCCAAAUGCUCGUGCCUUGGUAAGCGUUUGCUUAAUAUCAGUCUGUGUGAUGUUUUCUUCUUUUUUUUCAAAAUCACUGGUCUGUAUUUUAAUGAUAAAGAUAAAGAUAAGGGCAGUUAGGCUUUUGUUAUAACCAACUGAUAACAGAGACACAAAGAAAUACAGUGUUGCCAGCUACUUCGGGCUGUAGGUGUGUUUAAAAAUUAGCGAAGUAUAAAAUAAAAAUAGAAUUAAGCGGACACACAAAUAAAAGAAAAUGAUGUGAGGUAUCUUAAAACCGCUUAGAACAAAUGUAUCAGCCCAUUUUUGGUCUCUUUUUGACAUGUUUGAAUUUUCAUUAGGUUAUUCCACGUUAAAAUCCAAACUACCGAUAUAUGAUGACCAGGUCUGUGUUUAGACAUGGCAGCGUUUUCAUUUCAGAAGACAUAAACGGCGUUCAUUUUUUUGAAUAAUUUUUGUUGAUACUUUUUUUAAAUAUUUAGGUCUGUACUUUAUUGUUGGAGUAAAAAAACACUUUUAGAAACCCUCCCUGUUUAUAAAUACAUACAGUGUGUCCAAGAAUAUUGAUCCACAUUUGGUAAAAUAUUUAGGCUUAUUUGGAGAUUGACAGGAUGCAGACUUUUAUCAAGAAUAUUUGAAUUACAAUUUUUUCCAUAUGUGUAAAAAAUUCUUGGACAUACUGUAUAUAAAAACAUAUUAAAAUUUUCAGUUAUUUUAUUAUUCAUGGGUUGAUAUCAAGAGGAUUUCUAAAGGCGUGUAAUAUAAUUUUAUUUAUUUAUUUUUUAAAAAUUAAAGGUUUCUACUAAGUUGUUAAUAUUUUCACUAUCACAGAUUCAUAUUUUUAUUAACAGACAAAAAUAUAUAUUAUUCAGAAAUGUUUUUAUGUUUAUUUUUCUGCUAACUUAUAAAACUAGAGGGAAUGAAUUGAACACUAAUUGUAAACGGUUUAAUUAGGUGUGAAAUAAUGUUGCAAUAAUUUAACUCCUCUAAUUCAGAUUUUUUUAUUGUACAUACGUAUUGCCAUUAAAAAAUAGAAUAAAACUAGAUG